AAUUUGUUUUGGACUCGUCACAGAUUCUGCCAGGUAUUGUGAAGAUGAGGAAAUAUCCGUGUGUUAGAUACAAGAAUUUGUAUUUAGAGUCGUAUAUGUUGUAAUGGAAACAUUAGCUCUGUAGCGCUAUUAAUAUGAAAUAGAAAAAUUAACAGCCAAUAUGUGAACUGGAGAAAAUGGUGAAUGUAAUAUUUACACCAUAAAUGGUGUGUACGUACGUGAAAAAAGAUUUUUACCAGGACUGUUAAUUAUAAAUUAUAAGAUGUCUGAAGAAAUGAUGCAGAUAUCACAGGAAGGCAAUGGUGGUAAUCAGUCAAUUGUUUGGCAGCUUCCGUCUGGGAACUAUGAGAAUAGAACUGGUGGCGGCAUGCAGCCAAGUGGUCCCACGCUUGCCCAACACCUACGUCAUGCUAGUCCUUUACCACAUGGAGUAUUACAGCCUAGGGAGGCCCCACAACGUCACCACUUACCCCAUACACAGGUCACUGCCCCACAUGUGGUGCCAGGAGCUAGUGACCCCAACAAUGGACAGAGGCCCACUGACCAACCAUUUGUAAUUGACUUUGGUUCGGUGUUCGAUCCAACCUCGGCCAAUGUGGGCAGCAUAAACCUUCAGAGUCUGCAACAAAUGGCUCCAGAACAUUUUCAGUUGGCAAAUAUGGGUGGUCAUGAUGAAAAUCAAAACACAGGCCCUCAGAACAACGGACAACAUGGUCACCAACAUGUUGUGCAGGGUAUGGACAAUAUGGACUGGAGUAUAUUCCUUCUCAACUCUUUACUCUUCAUCAUCAUUCUGGUCAUCAGAAUUGUCUCGGAUCAUCUAUUAGGUAUGCUGGUUUUUGUUGGACUCGGAGGAACUUUCUUCUACGCCAACAUGUUUUUCAAAAAGAUUGUGCAUGAGUCAUCUUUACGGGAUGCUAUGCUACACAAUGUACUGCUGUCAUAUUUCUGGAUCGUCAUGUUCUUGACUGCCAACAUAGGCUGUGUGUACUACGUAUUCCAGGAGCAGGAACUCUGGAAUGUGUUGAUGUUUCAGUUGCCUGCGAAAUGGGAUGGAGACAUUUGGAUAUUUUUCUGGGCAGUGUGUGUCAAUGACUUUGUGCUGAAAUAUGUUACUGUGAUAAUUAAAGCCUUCUUCUCUAUGGCACCGAUCAAACCAAAGAACAGGGGAAAAUACUACAUGUUUGUGGAACAUGUCAUGCAGUUAUAUAGAAUGGUUAUACCAAUUGUACCUUGGUUCCACUUCCUGUCUGAUGGACUUUCCUGGGUGUUUGCUGCUGGCCUGCUCUGCUUUUACUUCUUAUGCAAGGGAUAUCAGUUGUUUUUUAAAGCCAGAGAUGUGCGGAAUGCUUUUUUGAAACUUUUACGAGAAAAGACAUAUGGUAUUAAACCGAACAGCUCAGAUUUAAAAACAAGAGGUGACGGUUGUCCCAUUUGUCAGGAUGACUACAAAGACCCAGUCAUGCUUGAUUGCAAGCAUAUUUUCUGCGACGAUUGCGUGGCUGUGUGGUUUGAUCGGGAAAAGACAUGUCCAAUGUGUAGGGCACAGAUACACACGGACAAUUCCAUGUGGAAAGACGGCUCAACCAGUAUCCAUGUACAAUGGUACUGAAGUGGUAAGGACGCCUCAACCAGUGUCCUUGUACAGUGGUACUGAAGUGGUAAGGAUGCCUCAACCAGUGUCCUUGUACAGUGGUACUGAAGUGGGAAGGGCGCCUCAACCAGUGUCCUUGUACAGUGGUACUGAAAUGUGAAGGACGCCUCAACCAGUGUCCUUGUACAAUGGUACUGAAGUGGUAAGGACGCCUCAACCAGUGUCCAUGUACAGUGGUACUGAAGUGGUAAGGACGCCUCAACCAGUGUCCAUGUACAAUGGUACUGAAGUGGGAAGGACCGCUCGAUCAACCAGUGUCCUUGUACAGUGGUACUGAAGUGGGAAGGACGCCUCAACCAGUGUCCUUGUACAGUGGUACUGAAGUGGUAAGGACGCCUCAACCAGUGUCCAUGUACAAUGGUACUGAAGUGGGAGUGUUGGGGAAAUCAAGUGCCCUCAUUUGUACUGAACUUAUCUUGUGAAAUCAGUAGUGUCGUACAUUGGUUUUGAACAAAUAACUUAAGAAUGCCAGAAAUUUAAUUUUGCUAGUGUGAAUAACAUGUGAUCAUGAUUGGUAAUUGUAAGCAAGAGAUAGUGCCAAAAGCAUGAAGUAGUUCCUCUGAAUGUAUUGAUAUCUAAUGUUUUAUUUUGUUGAAAAUUUCUUUUCUCUCCACUAGACAUUUUAGAAAAUAUAUAUCAGCAAUCUUGAAGGUUUUCACAAUACAGGAAAUACUAUCUGUAGAUUUUUAAAAAAUAUUUGGAAACAGAUUUGUCAGUUGGAAGUAAUUGAGGCAAAUUAUAAGUUCUUGAAUAGAAACUUCAGGAAACUUGCUUUCCAUCUUACCUGAAUGUGGUCACUAACAUAUGCCGUAAGUACUGUACAUACAACCUGCAUUCUAACUUGCUCGACUGUCAUCAUUAACAUAGUACUGUAUACAGAAUUGAUUUUGCGUUUAUUAUCCCGCUUAUAUGAGAAAUUCACAUUUUUUGCCGUGUUAAGUUUGCAGUUUUAUGAUGAUUAGGUCUGUAGUGUUACUUAGCUAGAAAUGUUUUCUAUCAAGUUGAGGUCAUGAAUGAAACUUUAUCCAUCAAAAAAAAUAAAAUAUCUUUAUAAUAGUAAAUAUUAACUGACUAAUUUACAUCUUGUAUAUGGGACAAUUUGUGAUGGUGGUGUUGUUUUUUUCUUCCUUUUUUUUGUGCUUAACUUCUGUCUCAUGUUUAAUUUCCGUGUAUCUGAGUAAGCAGGUCGUGUGGAUGGAAGAGCUUGGUUUAUUAAAGUUCUCGAGUGUUGAGCGGUAUUUAUACAAACUGAUUAAGUGUGAAUUAACAGUCUAAGUGUCAAAGGCAAACAAAUAGUAGAUUGUAAGAUAUCUAAUGUUUUGUGAUGUUUAUAAGUGUCUCUAAAUAUAUUAUUUAUAUUUAUAUGUGUUAUGACAUACUGUUAUCAUGUAAUAUGGAUAUAUGUUAACUCAUUCACCCCUACAUUUUUAAACUGGACUUGCCCAGUCUUUUUUUUGGAGAGUUCAAAUGUGACUUUAGGGGUGAAUGGGUUAAUUUUCUUUCCUCAAUUGCUUAUUUACAUCAUUUAUUACAUUUUGUAGUUCAUUUCGAAAGAAAUAGGACUUAACAAUCAUUGUUAAUUUAGAACACUACAUUUUCUCGCUUUUUGCUGAUAAUCAAUAUAUUGCAAUUUUACAAACAGGAAUAUUCCAUUCAUAUAUUUCAUUUGUUUUCUAACAGAUCUAUCUUCCACAUGUGAUAAACUUUUCAUUUCUACUGAGUGUUUUGCUACCAGCUAUAUUCUAACUGAGCACUGUGUUUCCUUUUAGGUAAUGCAUAUUGGUGCCAAGCAUUAUAAACAUGGAUUGUAAGGAGUUGAUUAGUGAGGUUGUUUAUUAACCCUUUCAGCCCUAUGUAACUUUAGUAGACUCUACUAUGCAUUGAUCUGGAUGAGACCAUUAUGAACUACAGUGGUGAAAGGGUUGAACUUUAUAAGAGUGUUAGUGAGCUGAGGACAGGACCCUGAUUAUUUAAUUGUACAUGUAGCCUUCGAUUGAGGUUGAUACCAGUGUUUAUUAACCCGAGAAAAGACAUAUAGACCUUGACCAUGUCUUUGACCUCAGUCAAAGGCUUCAAUAGUUUAAAUAUAUGUCAUCAAUUUGAAAAAAUUAGAUUAAAACACAACAAAAUAUAUGGAAUUUAAAAGUUUUUAUUAUGUUAUUGUUUGUGAUUCAUACUUUUUACACAAUCUUUUAUAUAAUGACAUGGACAAAAUUGUUUGUCCAGUGGAAAGAAAGCGGGGUCCGACUUUGCUAUAGACAUGAGAUGUCUCAGUUAUUUCACACAAUUGUAGCAUCAGACAUGGCAUUCAUUUUGAAAGAUAUUUUACGGCUUAAAGUCAUUUUCGACUUAAAGUCUUUCUCAGUAGAUUUGAGACAGCUAUAGUAAGCCAGCAUAUUUGUUAAACUGUCCUGAAUUUGACUAAUGAUUAUAGAUAUAUUGUGUAUGGUACUUGGCUCUGUUUGAUUGUGAUAUAGAUAAAUUUAGGGUAAAAUGGUCAAGUACAGUCAAGCUACAUUAAUCCAGCCUCAUCUUAAGGAAUCAGUUUGCAAAUUCAAAAACCCAAGUUAUGCCGCUGCAACAUAGCGUAGAGAAUGCUCCCCUUUUCCUUCGGUCAGUCUGUACCUUGGCUAGAUAUUGUGUUUAGCUCCAUUAUUCGUAAUAUCCCGAAAGUCAUCGAAGCUUCAUGUGGAUAUGUAUCGAGCACUACACCAAAACAUCAAAUGUAGAUCAGUGCAACACACAUUCUGUUGCAAACACUAAAGAAUUGAACUGUGUUGAUUUGGCAUUUACAGUCUAUAUGAAGGACACUGCUUUGCAGUCAAACAUUACAAUGUGCAAUAGAUUUAUUUGCCUGCAAAGCCAUCUCAUUCAGAUUGACUGUAAUUGCAAUAUCAACACAUUCCAGAGCUUAUGUUUACCAUUUUUGGACCAUUUUUAUUCAAUAUCCUAGAAAAUAAUUUGACCUGUGAUUAAAAUGCUGCAUAUAGUUCAAAAUAGUGCAUCUUGUAUGCUAGGUCAAUGACUAGAACAGCCACCUUCCAAUAUUUUGCAUUAAGCUCCAUUUCUCUGGAUAGACUUUGCGUUUUGUUCCAUUUCCAUUAAAGCAGCUGGUCAAGCACAUGUAUAUGUUACACACAUUUUCUAGUCUUUAAAAAACCUCUACGUAUGCUAAGCCAGCUCCCAUAACUCAGCCUCUUUUGCUGGGAAGGAAGUUGGCUGGACUAUCCACUGUGAACGAAAGAGGCUUAAAUAUAUAGUGUACCAGGAAUGAAAGUGGCUGGAUUAUUUGUUGAGAACAAAAGGUGGCUGGAUUAAUGAAGCUUCACUGUUCAUACUUAAGGUUGAUGGGGAUCAAUUUGUCUGUUAUGUUCUGUUUUGACUUUGUUUCUUUGAUCUUCUGCUUUAUCAUACAGUGAUGCAUUAUAUUUAUGUUGUGUUUGAAUAAUUAUCUGAUGUUGCUGAACUGAUGUGAGCUGAUAAGAGGAAAAUAAAAUUUCCAAUAAUCAUAAUCAAGUUGUUGACUUUCU